AUGAUUCGACAAAACCGAACUUAUUUUGCAUUUUAUGGUAAUGAUUGUUGGGGCUCAACAAUUGUAUUGACCAAUUGUUGGUACCACUUCGCAUUUGUCUACGAUUAUGCAGCUCUGACACAAUACAUUUAUUUGAAUGGUAUUCUCGAAUGUACACAUAGUUCAUCAAGUCCAUUUCAGGCAACAAGUGGAGCGAUCACUAUUGGAGCGAUUAAUAAUACAGGUACGACACCAGCCUCAUUUUGGACGGGCUACAUCGAUCAGAUGGCAUAUGUAUCGAGAGCGAAGACUGCGACAGAAGUUUUAAUGGAUGCAACUCUCGUGGCUUAUUAUUCAUUUGAUGAUGGUUUAUACUGUGAUUCAGGACCAAACAAGAUCAAUGGAACCGGCGUUGGUUUAAGCUCAACAACAGGUCGUAUCAAUCAAUCCAUUUUGUUCAAUGUUUCUGGUGCUUAUUUUCAAGCAGGUGGAUUUACUCUAUUAGGUGUGGUUGGUCAAGCCUAUUCUAUAUCACUUUGGGUAAACAAAGCAUUGUCAACUAGUGGAGGUGGAACCUUAUUGCAUGUAUCAGCAAACUCGAAUGGAACAUCAUGGUGUAUACCCAUGUUAGGUCUGACUUCAUCAAACGAAAUUGUCGCUCAAAGUUGGAAUUCUUUUAUGAUGACUGUCCAAGGUCCUGUUCUUCAGUUGGGCGUGUGGACUCAUAUUGUUACAUCGUACAGUAUCAAUAAUAGCGUUCGUCUUUGGAUCAAUGGGACUCUGAUUGGCUCAUCGACUACAUUUACUUAUGCUGCAUCGAGUUCGCCUGAUUGGAUUACAGUAGGAACAACAUUUCCAGCCGCAAUGUCAUGCGCAUCGGGCAGUAUCUCAACAGGACAAUUCUAUGGAAUGAUAGAUGAAUUGAGAGUUUACUCACGAGAACUCACCUCAAGUGAUGUUUAUGCACUUGCCAAUCCUUAA